AUGGCCGCUGACAUCUUCUAUGGUGUUCUUCCUCUCGUCAUCCUAUCUUUGUCUGUAAUUCUGUUCCUACGCCGUCGCCACUCUCAACUCAAAACCCCAUGUCCCCAAUCCUACCCACUCAUCGGAAACCUCAUCGGUUUCCUCCGCAACCGCCACCGUUUCCACGAUUGGGUGUCCGACAUGCUUUCCACCACCCCUUCUCUCACACUCCAAGUCAACGGCUUCCUCGGCCUCUCACACGGUAUCUGCACAGCUGAUCCCACCAACCUCCACCACCUUCUCCGCUCCAACUUCCCCAAUUACAUCAAGGGCCACCGUUACACUUCCGUCCUCCACGAGCUUCUUGGCAGAGGAAUCUUCAAUUCCGACGGCCAUAUCUGGUCCUCCCAACGCAAGAUCGCGAGUUAUGAAUUCAACACCAAGUCCCUUAGAACCUUCAUCACCAACACUGUCAAAUCCCAAAUUUCCAGAUCUUUAAUCCCUCAUCUUUCAUCCGCUGCUGACGCCGGAGAAUUACUCGAUCUACAGCAAGUCCUCCGUAAAUUCGGGUUUGAUAACAUAUGUAACGUUGCGUUUGGGGUUGACCCAGGUUUAUUGACAUCGAAUUCAACGGACUCGAACAAUCUGUUGUUUGUUCAGGCAUUUGAUUCCGCAGUUGAGCAUGUCUCCAACCGGUUCAUGUCGCCUCUCCCGGCGGUGUGGAAGAUGAAGAGAUUCCUCAACAUCGGUAAUGAGAGGAAGUACAAACAAGCAAUUGAAACGGUGAAUCAGUUCGCCAUGGAUAUAAUUAAAUCGAAAGAAACACAGAGUGAUUCCAAAACUGAUGAAGAUCUACUCUCCAGAUUCAUGGCUUCAAGUUGGGAUAUGGGUUUUAACGAUGACGAAAGGAGGAAAUUUGUGAGAGAUAUUAUCAUUAGCUUCAUACUUGCAGGUAAAGACUCAACAGCAACUGCACUUACAUGGUUCUUUUGGUUAUUAGCUGGUCAUCCUCAUUGUCGAGAUUUGAUUCACAGAGAGUUUUCUAUGUUAAUGGCUUCAUCGGCGUAUAUCCACCCAGAAAACCUCAACUUCGAUGAGUUGAAGAGUCUGAACUAUCUUCAUGCUGCUCUAUCGGAGUCCAUGAGACUCUUUCCACCUGUGCCAAUCAACUCCAGAUUGACGGUGGACCAUGAUAAGCUACCAGACGGGACAUACGUCGGAAAAGGGUGGUUUGCAGAUUACUCAGCCUACGCCAUGGGGAGAAUGGAGAAGUUAUGGGGGUCAGAUUGUAGGGAGUUUAAACCAGAAAGAUGGCUGGAUAACAAUGGGGUAUACCAGCCAUUGGAUCAGUUUAAGUAUCCGGUGUUUCAUGGUGGGUUUAGGAUGUGUUUAGGGAAAGAGAUGGCUUACUUGCAGAUGAAGUCCGUGGUUGUUGCUAUCAUAUAUGAGUUUGAGGUUGAGGUGAUUGGCGGUGGUGGAACGCCGGAAAAGAUGGUGGCUCCGCCCUAUACUCUCUCUCUUCUUCUAGGUAUGAAGAAUGGUUUACCUGUGCGACUAAAGAAACGGCAACAUCCCUAA